GGAAUUGAAAAUUUUUGUAGUGAAUCUCUAACUCACUGAGGCUGCUACAACCUGUCAGGCAAUAAAAUGUUGUGUAUUGCUUGGGCACUACAACACAGUAGCCUGUGUAAAUAUUAGUGCAAAGUCAACAUGUGUGAUGCACAAGCUACAGCUCAGCACGUGCUAAGAUGUACACAAGGGGACCCCAUCUUCAUACCCUUCCUGCAUUUUUAAUUGCUCUCUACUAUGACGAAUCUUUGCGGGAGACCCCCAAGCACCGUGGUGGGCCUGGGCGCGGCCAUAAGGGUCCAAUGACUCAAAACCCGGUUGUGCAAAGCCCUACAGCUCGUCUUGAAAGUAUUUUGAAAGAAGAAAACCUAGCCACUAACCAAACUUCAGACACAGCAGCUCCCAGGAAAAAUUUCCUAGUCACCAAACCAUCUUUUGAUACACCAGCUCUUCUUAAGAAAUUUUCAGCCACCAACCCAACUUUUGAUGAACCAGCUCCCCUUGGCUCAAAUUCUGACACACCAGCUCUCAAAAAAAUGUCCCAGUCACAUCCACCAGCUCUGCUAGAGAAAUUCUCAGCCAGCAACCCAAUUUCUGAUGAGCCAGCUUCCCUCGGAGCUCCCCUCAGCUUAAAUUCUGAAACACCACCUCCCAACAGAAAUGUCCUGGACAGCAACCCACCCUUUGAUCCACCAGCUCCACUCAAGAAACUUUCAGCCACCAACCCAAUGUCUGAUGAUCCAGCUUGUCUUGGCUCAACUUCUGACGCAUCAGCUCCCAGCAAAGAUGUCCUAGUCACUGACCCAAAUUUUGAUUCACCAGCUCCACUCAAGAAAUUCUCAGCCACUGACCCAAUCUGCAAAUCACUCAUCUCCCCCAGUGGAUGA